CGACACCGUCAGUAGCGUGGCGUCGGCCGAGCCGUGUCCCGACGCCAUGUAAAGCGCGUCGGUUUUAUUUUUAGUUUUAUUUGAUUGUGAUAUCAUUUACGCGUUCGUUAAGCUUAAUUGAGUAAAAGAGAUUUAAUAUUAGUGUCCCCGUAAAUAGAUUUACUUCUGAUAGUUUUCACCAGUUUGAGUUCCGGUUUCCAAUAAAGUUGUUUACCGUACCCUAGACCGAGUGAUGUUUAAGGUUAUGGCAGUGUAGGACUGCAGCUAGUGUCUGUGAGCCCGCAGGAUGCCUGUACGCCGAGGACAUGUCGCCCCCAGGACCACCAUCAUCGAGACCAUCAUCCGUAAAUUCGAUACUCACAAUCGUAGUUUCCUGGUGGCGAAUGCACAGAACAACUCGUGCCACAUCAUCUACUGCUCGGAUGGUUUCUGCAGACUGUCCGGGUUCAGUCGUGCAGAGGUGAUGCAGCGACCCGCCUCCUGUGACUUCCUGCACGGUCCGCUCACCAGCCAGCAUGCCGUCAACGUGGUCAAGGAGGCGUUGGCCGCGGGACAGGAGAAGCACUUCGAGAUCCUCUACUACCGGAAGGACGGUACCAAGUUCCUAUGUAGCGAGGUCAUAGCUCCUGUGAAGAGUGAAGUGGAUGACAUCUGUCUCUACAUCAUCAACUUCGAGGACCUGACUAACCCGCAGCCUUAUGUGGAUGAGCCGGCGUCCAAUCAUCGCCUCAGCAAGUUCGACCGAGCACGGCAGUCAUUCCGGCAGUCGCUGCGUAUGCCGCUGAGGGGUCGGGGUCUACGGUUCGCUCAGUCGCGCCACCUCACACCUCCGACGGCAGAAGAGGGCGAUGAAGAGGAUCCUGUCAGAGCAAGGAGUAUGGACCAAAGACGACUGACCAACGAGCCCACAACGACCACAAUCAUAGAGAACGAGAGACUGAGACAGCCCGACCCCUCCUCCAUCAGCCCCGCCAGCAUCCAUCCCGGCAACAACCACGUGCCGGCCCCCAUCGCCUCCCCGGAGAAGGUUCGACCACAAAGGCCAUUUUGUUCUCUCAUUGCACUAACACACUCGGUCUCCCAGAAGAGCGGGACGUUGCCUUGGGAGCUGGAAGACAGCGGGGGAGGGAGAUCCUCCGUGCCUCACGCCAGUUCUCUGGAUGCCAUUUCCCGAAGACAACGGACCCCAGAGGCCGUCCCCACCCCUAAAGUACCUAGUAGAAGUGCUACCUGUAGUGUCUUGACAUCCACAGGAGCUGAAGACAUUCCUCCAAGACUGAGACCUCAUACACUUGAUAACUUUUCUGAAGCGACGAGAAACCAUGUGGCAAAACGUUUCCCCAACACGUCGUCUGAGAGUGAUCUGCAGCAUUACCGCGCCUCGGCGCAUUGGGACCACGCCCCUUCACUCUCCAAUGUCGCCUCAGACAGCCUUAAACACAAGUAUUCCAUUCAAGACAACGGUUCCGCCAAGUACUUCCAGGGAGCAAUGCACACACCCAACAUGGGGGAGAAAGUUGCCCAGGUUCUGUCGUUGGGUGCGGACGUCCUCCCCGAGUACAAGCUGCAGUCACCGCGGAUACACAAGUGGACGGUGCUGCACUACAGUCCCUUCAAAGCCGUCUGGGACUGGAUCAUCUUGCUCCUGGUCAUGUACACGGCUAUUUUCACACCAUACGUUGCCGCUUUCCUACUCAACGAGCCGGACUUCAGCACGCGCAAGAACAAGAAAUACGGAGACGAUCCUAUUGUUAUCAUAGAUCUCAUAGUUGACGUCACUUUCAUCGUGGACAUACUGAUAAACUUCAGGACAACAUAUGUCAACAAUAAUGAUGAAGUAGUCUCACAUCCUGGUAAAAUAGCCGUCCACUACCUUAGAGGUUGGUUCCUCAUCGAUCUCGUAGCAGCCAUCCCCUUCGAUCUGCUGCUGUUUGGGUCCGACACAGACGAGCAGUUGGGCUUGGAUGCUGAUGAGACCACUACGCUGAUCGGCCUACUCAAGACAGCAAGGCUUCUGCGCCUGGUGCGAGUAGCACGCAAGAUAGACCGAUACUCUGAGUACGGAGCUGCUGUGCUGCUUCUACUCAUGGCCACCUUUGCGCUCAUCGCACAUUGGCUCGCUUGUAUAUGGUAUGCAAUAGGUAAUGCAGAGCGUCCACACCUGCAGAGUAAAGUCGGUUGGCUCGACAUUCUUGCCAAUGACACACACCAGUUCUACUUACACAACAAUACUGGGGGGCCUUCAAUAAAGUCCCGAUACAUCACAGCGCUGUAUUUCACAUUUUCAUCGUUAACGUCAGUGGGCUUUGGCAAUGUGGCUCCCAACACAGAUGCCGAGAAAGUGUUUACAAUUUGUGUCAUGUUAGUUGGAUCUCUGAUGUAUGCCAGCAUAUUUGGGAAUGUAUCAGCGAUCAUCCAAAGGUUGUACAGUGGUACUGCAAGGUAUCAUACACAGAUGCUGAGAGUUAGAGAGUUUAUUAGAUUCCAUCAAAUCCCCAACCCCUUGAGACAAAGGCUGGAAGAAUACUUUCAGCAUGCCUGGACGUACACAAACGGUAUAGACAUGAACAGUGUACUGAAAGGGUUUCCUGAGUGCCUUCAGGCUGAUAUUUGCCUCCACCUCAACCGCAAUUUGCUCACCAACUGUUCUGCUUUUGAUGGUGCUUCUCCGGGCUGCCUCAGGGCACUAUCAUUAAAGUUCAAAACCACCCAUGCUCCCCCUGGUGAUACUCUUGUCCACAAAGGCGAUGUGCUCACUUCCCUGUACUUCAUAUCUCGAGGCUCAAUAGAGAUACUCAAAGACGAUGUAGUUAUGGCAAUACUUAGUAAAGAUGAUAUUUUUGGUGAGAACCCAUGUGCCCAUGCAACAAUUGGCAAGUCUAGCUGCAAUGUUCGAGCCCUUACUUACUGCGACCUACACAAGAUCCAUAGAGAUGACCUGCUAGACGUUCUAGACCUUUAUCCUGAGUUUUACCAGUCUUUCACAAACAAUUUGGAAAUCACCUUUUAUAUGAGAGAUGAGGACCAGGCUGGUGUAGACCCAAGAGCAGGGAGGAUCAGCAGGAGACACCAUUCCCGAUCCAACUCACAGGACCCAGGAGGCGGGGAAGGUGGUGGACUGGGUGGACUGGACAUGGAUGUCCGACGGUUCACCUUCCGCCCACCUGUCACUGCCAAGUUCCACCAGUCCAGCGUCGAGAGCACUCACUCUUUCAGGGCAGGUUCCAGUGAUGAGGGCUCAGACCACCAUGACAAAUGCAGUGGUCACGGAAUACUAGAAUUCUCUACGGACAAGGCUGGUCAAGAUGUUACUCCGAUGAAUCUCCAGUUUGGUGACAAUAACCAGCAGCGGUCUGCGACACUGAACUCUAUUACCGGCAUGUUCAGUCACCUGAAACGUAGCCUGACAGAUCUCCGUUUGCAUGGAUUCAACAAUAAGCAGGUUCUCAGGGAUGACUCUCCACCCCAGUCUGGACGCUCGGAGGCCCGCGUCAAACGAUCCAGCAGCUCCCACAAUGUGAAACACUCUAGACUGGACAUGAGAUUAUCACCUACCCCUACCAUAGUAGAUUACUCCAGAGAAACUCAACCCCUGUUGGAGCAUCAAGAUCCAAUUUCAGAGUCCGGAUUGCCUAGUCCACAGCACACCGUAGUUCUGCCGCAGCAGUCCCCAGGUGAGGAAAACCACUUAGCUGUGACCACUGGCUCCUCGCACUCGCACUACACAACCCCCGGCUCUCUCAGCCCUUUGACACAUUCCAUAGUUCCCCCUAGACCCUCUCAAAUUGCUACCUCAUCUGUGAUACAACAACCACCCAGCUCCUCGACACAUGCCGGGGAACAGGAGGAACCAGAGAAGUCAUCUCACUGCUGCAGUAACUGUGGUUACGCGAGAGGCUACGAUAGUGAUAUUAAUUCUAGGAUAGACCGCUUGUCUAGGCACUUGGAGUCAUUAGAGAACUCAGUAGCAACUGAUGUAAGACUGAUACUAGCAUUACUUCGUCAACAAGGAAUGAAGCCUGCCAGUUCAAUGCCAGAUUCUAGGGAGCCCCCAUGGCUAGAGACCAGUGCGAGGCCGAGACCGUCUGUCCAAAGAAGCUCAAGUGUUCCACAGAAUAGCCGCAGUUUACAUUCCUCAUCAGCUUUAUCCAGGGGUGCAACACAAGAGGAAGCAGUGGGAGGUGAGGUUGCCCCCACAAGAUGGCCUCCGAGCCUGUCACCUCGGGCCCAGAACAGUGCUAUUCCCAGGCGGAGUCAGUCUCAGCCAGUUGAUGUUUCCCAGCAGGCAGUAGCUCAACACCAACAGCAAGAGGAGACAACGUGGGCCAGUGCCCAGCUGAUCACCUCCAAUGUUCCUGAGACAAGUUCUGAAUCUGAUCCUUGGAGGAUGGACGUCAGCAGUCGGAGGCGGCAGUUUUUCUCCAACCGGAGCUCUGCGUCAACAAGUGACGAAGCAGCCAUGUUGGACUUCCCAGCUGCUCCUAUUGCUAGGCUGGACUCUCUCCAUGAGUUGGACGGCCGGAGCACAAGGAUGAGUUCAUCAUCGUCUAGCAAUCAGUUGGACUCUAAAUCAUCACAAGUUUAGUGAACAGUGUAAGACAGUCAUUAGUAUAUAGAAUAUAUUACAAACGGUUUAUGGGAAAUAUGUUAUUUAGGUACUAGUACAUACAAAUUUCACUAAGUUUUUGCAAUGUGGUGAAUUAUCGAUUACUCUAGAAUAUUUGUUAUGUCAUUUAGAGGCAGUAAGUUUUAAAAAUGGACUUGGUUUGUGAAAAUGUAAUAACGGUUCAAGGAAUUUUCUAUUCAAACACUAUUUAUCCGAAAUCAGUUGCAGAUUUAAUUUUUGGUUAGCUGUAUUUGUGUAUGUGACCAAUAUUUGUGCCUUCUCAUGGGUUGCUUACAAACCAUGACAAAACAGUGUUAUAUCCUUGUAAAAAAUUAAUUUAAUUUAAUUAUUAAUAUGUUCUUCCUUGGUGUUUUACAAAUUAUAACUGUCAAACAUGGUGUAUAAUUUAUUCUUCAGACAUAAUAUGUAUGGAUAGUUAAAACGAUUUCCAUUGUGUUUGAAUAAAUUUUUUAUAUUGCACUUUACUCAAUUGUCAAUGUUUGAAUACAAAGCAUCAGUUUCAAUAAUACAAGUAACUCUUUAAGUCUAAUUAGUUAGAGUGCUUUGAGUUCCAACAAUACUUUCAUGCAAAAUAAGAUUUAGAUACCUUUUAAUAACUGAAGACAGUAUUAUGAUUGUAAAUCAUCAUUUUAAAUUACUACUAUUUACUACAUAGAUGAAUAUCAAUUAAAUUUAAUACUGUAGUUUUAUUUAUUACAAUUCAAAACUGGACAAGAUGAAUAUGUGAAUAUAACUUUUUUAUAUAAAUAAUGAUUCAAAUUUGUUAAUAAUUAUAUAUAUAUAAUUAAAAUUUUGCAUUUACUUGUCGUAAUCCAAUCAGUGGCACAUGUAAGGGAUACUCAGAUUUUAUAAAAUAUAUAUUAAUACUAAAUUAGUUCACUCAAAAAUAUUUUACACCCUGAUCUGAUCAUAAGUAUGAAAAAGUUGCAUUUUGAGAAAGUAAUAAAGUUAUAAGAUCAAGAUUUUAAAAAGAAGCAUACAUGGUUCUUUGCCACUAGCCAAGCUAUUUCCUAAAAAUGACCCUGAGAGUCACUCAGUUCUUUUAAGCAUGAGUGUUCUUGGACAGCUAUUUAGAAAUAUACUCUCUGUGUCUGUGCCAAAUAAGAAUUUUGUCAAUUUCAAAAACCAAGAAAUUUUGUAAGGUUUUAUGAUAAAACUGCAACUGGUUCCUAAUAAUUUUUCAUAUCAAGAUCUAUCUUGAAUGUAAUAUUCUCUGUUGUAUGAGAACAACUAAUACAAAUUUAUAUAAAUGAUUAAUACCAUUAUAUCACGUAAUUGAUCUGUAAUAGGGAACAGGUAAUUUAAUAAUUAAUAAAUAUUAUAAUGAUUAAAAAAAAACCAAAUCUAAUUGUUGAUGCAAAAUGUUUAUUAAUCUCUCUUUUACUGUCAUAAAAUAUAUAAAUUGCACAUAAUAAGGUCCAUAAAUCAAAUGCAACUACAAAAAUUAUUUGUAGCCAAAAGAUUGUUAAAUUAUAGAUAAUGGUUAAUUAACAAGUUCACAAUGACAGCGUAUUUCCGGGCAUUUUUAAUUUGCCGUCAAAAUUUUCAGUAAUAAUGACACAAACUGUAAUCUUUUUUAUGUUAGACGUCUAAGUAUAAUGAGAAAUGUAUGUAGGCUUCAUAAUGUUGCACAACAAAUUUUAUUUUAAUAUGUUUUUACUACCAUUGUUAGCGGUUUGCUGGUAUCUGACGUGUAAAGUGUUCAAUAUAACCUAUGUUAUAACGUAAUGACGCCGGUGAUGGAGUCAAUAGUUACUACCAUUGUUAGCGGUUUGCUGGUAUCGGACUUGUAAACUGUUCAAUUUUUUCCCCAAGGUACCUAAAAAAUUAAUUUACCUAAAAAUUAAGCAGUCGUGCACCUGACGGGGUACAUGGUAGUCUAAGGUGUUCAUUUAAGCAUGUUAUCAGAUUUAACGAAUCAAAGACAGGCAAACAAUUAUAUCACAAUAAUGAAAUGCAAAGCAAUGUGUAUCCCAUCGGGUGCACAACGCGCUUUACAAAAGCACAGUGUGUACCCGAUGGGGUUCAUGACGGCAGUUGUGAAUAAACACGAGUAGCCGAUGGGGUACAUGUCGUUGUGAACGUGAUAAACAAGAACAAUUUAUAAUAAUAUUACUUGAAACAUCUUUAGCAUUAUAAAAUAAUCACCCAUGUGAUUUAUCAUUUAAAAAAUUCACUUAAUCUAUUUCCGUACUAAAUAAGUUUAAUUGAGAAACAGUAAGUGAUAUAUAUUGAAUUGGUACUAAUAAACGUCUACUUAAUCUAUACAAAUUUGGAAAUUAAAAGAGUUUCUAAAUUAACUAAAGAAAUCUAAUUAACAAUUACAAAUUUCCUUUAAUUCUUGUUAUAUAAAAAUAUAUACAGCAAAAUUGUACAAUUUCAUGUUAUUCAAUCAAAACGUAUCCCAUUACUGUUUUUUGAAUAAUUGACUUCAAAGACUGUAAUUAUCAAUAACUGUUUUAAUAUCUUAAUUUUCUGUUAGUGUAAAUGAAACACUUAACUCUAAUCUUCUUAAUCUUUUUUUCUAUAUACAGCUAUAACAACUAUAAUAACUAUAUACAUAAAAGUGAACUUGAUAUAUAUAUGCCUUACAUCGAUAUAUAUGCGCAUAUCUUUAUCAAAUAUAUAUAUAAAUAUUUAUUUGAUUGAAAGUAGAUGUAAUAUUAGAACUAAAAUAAGUGAAUCCAUAGAAUAAUUAAACAUAAAUGAGUUUAAAUAGCUUGAACCAAUACACUCUAGAGUAUAUGACAAGUCAAGAUAAACCUUGAUAUUAAUAAAUUAUUAGAAACCAGUCAUAACAUCUCAAAACAAAAACAAAGAUGAUAUAAAACAUCUCAGAACAAAAGUAAGAUUCUGUCAGAUAUACCUCAUUGCAGGACAUAUACCACAACAUAAAAAAUACCUUUUUCUGUGAAGGGGAAAAUGCUAUUUUAUGAGUCAAAAUGCAUUAGUUUAGUGUCUUCAAAGAGACAACAAAGAACUUUCACAUAUUUUGUUUGAGUUGAGCAGAAGCUGCACUUUCUGUUCAAAUUUUUUUAUUAACACACAAGAGAAAAUGGUAGUAAAUGAGAGAUACCUCAUCUUCAUUCCUUCUUCCUGAUAAUACAUUUCAAACACUAGAUCAGUGUUAACACAUUCACUGCUAAGAUCUCCGAUCGGAGACGCGCUGAACUUACCUUGGAUGCUGCCACACCCGAUCAUAGACCAUCGGCCAUUGUUUUCUAUGUAUGCUAAAAUUUUUCAGCACCCCAGAUGAGUUUCAUAUUUUUCUUAGCAAUGAAUGUGUUAAAUUAGUUGUAUUCAUUACACACAUUAACGAGUAAUUCAGAACAGAAAAUUACACCGUUUGAUGUUUAAUUUGACCUUAACCAAAAUCACUUCAAAACUUUUAAUGUUACUGUAGUUAACUUGUAGUUAUUGUUAGGAUAUACAUUUCAGUUAGUUUUUGACAUCUUAACAAACCUGAGAAAUGCUCUUAUUGAAGGUGUUGUUUCUAGUUAUGAAAUAACCACUGUACUUUGUCUAUUGUUGAAUAUUCAAAACAUGUGUGAAAACAGCAAUUUUGUUUUAUUACCUAUUUUAUGAAAAUUAUGUAAGUGUUUUAUUAAAUUAAUAUUAAUAGAAUUUAUUUUGUUUUGUAAUUAUUUGUAUACAACACUAAGAGUAUACUGGGCUACAGACUUUUCCAGCCCGUUAUUUUAAAAAUCGAUCAAAACCUUGCCACCUAAUAACAUAUUUCCCAUAGAUGUUUUACAUUUUUGUACUAUCCACAUCGCUACAGAAUAAUACACUGAAAGUUUAGAAGACCCUGACAAAGAAAUGUGUUAACAUUUGAUAAGCUCUUUUUAAGAAUGGUAAUCUCCUGACUUUAGCUACACAACGAUGUUUCAUGCUUUCAUUUCGUAUCUGUGACUGUAUUGUGUAAAACCAUUUUUAUCUCUUCCCAUAACUAUAUGCAUUAAAAUCAUUAUGGAUUUAAAUAAGAACACUCGAUUAAAAUGCUCAGUUCCAUGUAAUUCACUUGUAACUACAUACUUAUUGGUAAUAUUCUAAUUCACUUCUUUAAUGCUGAGCUAACAAAAACAACUUAUUAAAUAAAAUCAAUUACAAAUCACCUAUUUCAGCAAUGCCUCACUUAAUUUUUUGAUUUGAUAUUCAAAUCAAGCAUAACCACGCCCACGCUUAGCUGAGAUGUGAAACUGGUGGCUUUUGUCAGUCUUUCAUAGUCAAUUUUUGUACUCUCCACAGCUUUGAAAUGUGCAAAGUGUGAGUCAACAAAACAAUUUUUCUCUCUCUAUCAUAAAAACUACCAAGAGUUUUAUUUUAUAUUAAUUUGAACACAGCUUUAAUAAAAAUGCUUUAUUAUUUACUUUCAUUUUCAGAAAUAUACUGACUAGAUAUCACGAAUUAUAUUUGCAAAAGUAACAAUUCAACCCAUUACUGAAACUUCCAUCUAGCUGUAAAUCUUUUCUACUUACUUCUCUAAGGGAUUUUUGGUGUUAUAAUUUCUAAAUUCUAAAAUAACCCUUACAUUACUACUGUUCUUCUUUCUCCACAAAUUAUUCAACAAUCCUAACCUCCCCCCAAAAAGAAGCUCUAUAUAGUAUUAUAUAUUUUUUAAGAAUAUAGUAUUAUUUUUAAAUUUGCACAAUAUGCUGUAAAUUUAUUUGCUCUUCCUUCAACAAGCUAAAUUCUCCCACUUUUCUCCUGUAAACUUAUCUAGCACAAAUUUCUUCUCAGUUAUUUUUUAAUUUAAACGAAAAAUUUAAAAUUUGGAUACAAUAAGGGGGAUUUGUGCUGUUUAAGAGUAUAGGGAUACACAGGAAUAGGAACACAGUCUGCAAAAUACCUGCAAAUGUUUAAGAAUUGGGUACCAAUAAGUCCUGAACGUCAUCCAAUCAUGCAAAGAUCACAGAGAUGCCUGGGAAUAUAAGCAAUUUGGUAAACAUUAUACAGUAAAAUUGUAUGAAAAAUUUAAUUUAAAAAAGUUGAACCCAUCCCAAAUGCUCCAGUAUUUGUGUGAAAAUAAGUUGUAAAAUUUUUCACAGUUUAAUUCGACAAGAAUCUAUAAAAAAAGAUGGGAAAAGUAAGGGGGGAUCAAUUUGUAUGUACUUGUGGUUUCCUUAUAUGUUCAUUUAAAAUUAAUUUAAAUCGACUUAAUUAGGAAACAAACACAUUUAAUGAAUUCAUAUCACUGUACAUUGACCCUUUAUUCUUCUGAGGUAAUCAUAUAACAUAUAACCAAAGAAGGUUAAGGGCUGUGGCCCUUCUUCACCCCUCUCCCCCUCUCAUUAACUCAUUAAUAUAAUUUUAAUAAAAACCAAAUAAUGCGUUUGAAAAAUAAAAUUUUUAAUACGCGUAGUUUCCUUUUAUUGAUGAAUUUUUUGGAUAGUCAAUUGUUUUCUAUAACAAUGUUACGUCUCAAGGUUUUAGGGUCCUGUGUAAAAAAUAUAUGUGUAUCCCUCCGUUUCUCAAAAUUGUUUAAAGCUUAUUAAUAUAAAUGAUCCUUCAAAUUUUGGAGUAAAAAAUUAACUUUUUAUUAGUGUAAAUUAGUUGAAGAACAAAUUUUAAAUACAAAAGAUCCUGUUUUUUUGAGUAUACAUAAGGGAAGUAUACGUUAUACUUCCUCCAUUAUUUAUUAACUUAAACACCUUUUUUCCAACAAAAUGUACAAUGCAAGAAGGCAUGAAUUUUUGUGUGUGUAUGUAAACAAGUACUGGUUGCAAAUCUAGAGAACAAAUUAAAUAAUAGUAUCAUAAAUCAAACUAGAUCCUUAUUUGUGCAAUAAGGUAAUUAGCAAUGCAAAUUAUUGCAGUUUCUAUGUGCAAUAAAUCACUACUAUUUUUUAAUCACUUGUACCAAAGUGUCAGACACAUAGUUAACACUUCUAAAAUGUCACACUAAACACUGCCUUGUACUUUCAAGCCUAGCUUGUUUAAAACCAAGCCUUUUAAAUUGGAUUUUAGCAACAGAUUUUCAAGGGUGUGUAAUUUGGGACUUUUUAAAUUUGCAAUUGGAUUUGGACAGUUUUCCCUUAAAAAUAAGAGUAAAAAUACAUGUUUUUUUUUUACUGGAACACUAAUAUAAUAUGUUAUUGCUAAGGAGUUUUCAUAUUAUUUUUGACUUUUAUCUUUAAAAUUCAUAUAUGGCUUCUUUUUAUUUCCAGUACUGAUUCCAAAUGUGAUAUUUACAGGAUGUGGAAAUAUAAUUACUAUAUACUAUAAUUACUAAAAACAAGUGAAAUAAUUUUUUUUAACACGUAUUGUAACCACCUUGGUUUAGCUUUUCUCAAGCUGAACCAAUUUUAAUAGAUAAUAACAACUUUUUUAUGUCUACAAAAGUAAAAUGUUUUAUUUUAUUGAGCAUGUGGGUAUACAACACAUCUAGCAGAAGGGUAUGAAUAUGUUUUAUACAUUAGAAAAAAUGCACAAGUGUAUGCAGUACAGUUAGCAACAGGCUAUAAUAUUAAAUGUGGGGUCAAAGAACAGACUCACUUACAGUGAACACAUGUCAGUCAGCAUAUGCUUACAUAUGGAGGGCUAAAGCAUGAGGCCAUGCAUAGAAUGCUUUGAAAAAUUUAUUUAAUACAGUUUUUAUAGUUUUCAGAAGUCUAUGUAGAGUAAUUCAACCUUUUUGUAACAGAUUAGUAAUGUAAACAGUAUAUCUAUUUCACAUCUUAUUUCAAACUUUUACUUAGGUUCCAUAGUAUUAGUUAAAUUUUAAAAGUAUUUAACAGAUAAUAAAUGUUUAAGUCAGUAUUUGUUUUAAAUGAUUUUCUUAUACCAUAUUUUAUUUCAAUAAAUUAAUGAGUAGUUGAUAAAUGAACAACACGGUAAAUAAAUAGUGAUAGUUAAAUAACAGAAUAUUCAGACCAGUUAAAAACAGCAUUGACUGAGUUUAAGCUUUUAGAACUCCUUGUUUUAUAUACACUUGUAAAAUGCAAAAACUACAUAGAAAAUAUGUCUCCAUUGUUAUUCAGCUAAAGAUUUUGUAGUGUGCUGUCAAGAAGGGGGAGUGUAUUGUGAUUGUGAUCGGGAAAGCUGCUAAUUCCUGUGACAACUCAAUCGAUAAUAAAUAAGAUGCACCUAUUUGAUGAUUACAUAUCAUUUUUGUUUGAAUUGUUCAAAUAAUUAUUAAUUCUGUAUUGUUUGGUUAUUGUUUUAUCUAUGUUCUUUAUACCUAAUACAUAUUAUAUUCUCAUGGUCUAAACCUUGCAAUAAAGAAUACUUUAAAGGAGGCAUUUUAGUACUUAGGCUAACUUAAAAAAAACUCAGAAAGUCUGGGGCUUUGUUGUCUAAGACCAUUUAACCAUAAUAUAAGAAAAAUUGCUGUUUUAAAUUUUCUUUUCCAUUAUUGGGCAUGCUAGUGGGGUUAAGUAAAUGUGAUAUUAAUUCAAUAUCUUUUAAUUUAGAUAUUUGAAAUGAUUUUAGUAAACUUUACGUUUACUUUGUUCCUUUUUGUUGUUGUAUAUGGUGCAAUUUUAUUAAUUCUUCAAUUUAUUAAAUCGUGUGAUUUUUUCCACUCAUCAAAAGAAACUCUGCUAUCACAAAAAGAUGUUUGCUUCUGUUUAUAAAAUAGACAAAUAGAGUAGGUUUUAUAAUGUAAGAAUAAGAAUGUAAAGUAAUAAGCUGCAAAGUCAUAAUUUUAGCGUUUGUUCAUCAUGUUAAUGAGCCUUAUUUUAAUUUUUAUACAAAGUUUGCAGAUUGUAAAGCGUUUUUUAUUCAACUGUAUAGUAUUUGAUUGGAAUCACCAUUGUAAGUACAAUGCAAAUAGACUUUUUAAACAUCCUGUACUGUAUGCCAUGCAAUAGACUUGUAAUACAAACACAUAUUCGCAGUCACAGUGUUGGUGCUUUACCUUUUUAUAUAAUAUGGUGUCUUAUAAAAUAAAAGACUUAGAAUAAUUGAUUUGUUUCAUGUAGUUUGAAAUGUAUUAUUUUGGUUGUAUUUUUUCCAUACACAUGUUGCUCUUCUUGCACUUAUUUUGUUCUAAGUACCAAGUAUAUUAUAGCCAUCUAGCCGACCUUAUACAUAGGUAGUUGCUGUCAAAUAAGAGUUGUACACUUUUAACUUUUCUGUGUAUUAUAUGCUGUAAAUAAAUCUGACGUCAAGCCACACGACUUUUACAUAACAUUUAAUGAUAUACGUUUUAAAUCAAAUCUUUUUUAGUUGCUCCUUGACUUUUCAUUGUGACAAUCUUUAUCUGGCAUUAUAUUUAAAGUAUAUUCUUUUCAGUUUUCUUGUGAACAAAAGCAAAUUCUGAAAGACCGUAACGGUCUGUGAUAUAUUCAGGGUCCGCAAGCUAAUCUCAGAGUGUUUUAGGAUAUGUUUCUAUUUAUUUACAGUUUUCUCAACAUAGCACUGAUUUAAAUAUUUGUCAUUUAUUUUAUCCCUCCGAUUCCAACAUAUUUAUUACUAACAAGAUUAUAAGGUAAGAGAAGUGCUCAAUUGGCACAGUGCCAAGACAGUUUUAGUUUUCAAUAGUACAUGCUAUUUUCACACACAGCAGUUUUAUUUUUUUUUACUGUCAUUAUCGAAAAGCAAUACAAUAUCUUAAUAUUAUUAAAGAAACAAACAAAACUGUAUGCCAGCUUUAUAGGUUGAAUAAAAUAUAUGUAAAAUGUACUAUAUUUGAACUAUUGUCUCUCUCUGUAUAAAUAUAUCUUUCUUUUGGAUCUCUAUAUUGUUUCUGUAAUACUAUAUUUAGUGUUUCAAAUCUGAAAUUAAAUCAAGAACAAGUAAUAGGCAAUGCAGAAAUGUCACACUAUUAUUUAUAUAAAUUCUGUAAAAAAUAUUCAUUUUCAAAUAGAAAACAUCACUGCUAAAAAAAAUGAAUUGGGGCACUUUACAAUAUAUUUAAACACUUUCAGUGCCAAAUUUUUUUAUGUGAAUAAUAAGUCAGUCAGAGGUUUUACCCAAAAUUCUCAUAUCAUGUUCACCAAUUCAUGUAAUCCUAUUUUUAAAAGUCAUAAUAUUAAAUUUAUUCUGAAAUUUUUAUUUGUUUGAACGGAGUUACAACUAUCUUCCAUAGCACAUAUAUCCUUAUUUUUCACUUGGGAUUUACUUACUUUAACACGGCAGUGGGCUCACUAUCCCUUCAAUGCUUGCCACACUUAUCUGAUCUAAAAUUGACACAACUAGGCUUUGUGUGAAAACCACACUUCUUCUUCAAACCUCUAUUAACUUUUUUUAAUAAAUGCGGAUAUUAAAGAGGGGUUUCUCAUGAUCAUGAAUAUCUUAAAAUAUAUUUGUUCAGACAGGUAAUAAGUCGUGAACAGGUAACAUUUUAAUAGUAUAUUUUAUAUUAAAAGAGUAGAUAAGUAGUCCUAUUUCAAUAGGACCUGCUAAACUGCGGGUGCGCCUGUAAAACUGCUAUAACUGCUAUAGAACACUCAUAUCACUUUGCAUAUGGCUGAUAUUAAUCUCACACUAAAUGGCAGUGUACCAUAUUAAAGUUAAAACUUAUAGUGCACACACUAUAAGUUUUAUGACACUGUCGAAGUUUUAUGUGUUAAUAAUAAUACAUUAGUAACACAAUUUAUUAUUAUCUUGUAAUAUUUAGCCCUUGCAAUAACCAUCUUCUUUUGGUUAAUUGUUCAAAAUUGCAAUACAUACUGAAAUCAAGAAAACUAAAACAAAGCACAUUAACAUCAUGCUGGCAAAUUGUUAUAAUUUCCAAAAAUAUAAAAUGUUCCAUUUUUUAAAGUUAGGUUUCACUUUUUAUGUAUUUGCUACUAUUUGCUAUUUCAUGUAUGUUCUCACUUCUCAAAACAUUUGAUUACACAUAAUGAUAAAAGUAUUCUGUCUACACUAUAAUAAACAAUUGAGAGUUUUUAAAUCAGCAGAGGGCUUUGAGAGCUUUGGUAGACUCAAUGUGGUGUAGAUAAGUUUGAGGUUGGCAUGAGGUUGGUAGCAUAUCAGAUACUAGAACCUUCUGACAGUGAUCUAGAUGUGGUUCCUUACACUAGACCAUAUUAUGUUGGUCUUCACUAGUAACAAGGGUUUUCCAUACAAUUUUUUAUUAUCUACUACAUGGUCUUAGACCUUAGAAAUUCAUAAUAUGGUUUGAAUUAACAGGGCUGAAAGCCAAGGAUUUUUGCUAGUUGAUAUAAAAAUCAGCAGGCUUAUCUUCAUGUAAACUACCUGCCAGGAUUCACUGAUUUAAAACAAACAUAUAAAAGUACACAUAUUUUGAAAUUUUCGAUUUCACUGUAAUCUUCUUUCAAUCAGUAGAGAACAUUUAUUCAAAUUCAAAGCAUAAAUUCUAAAUAUGUUUCAUUAAAAAUAUAUUUUAACUCACUUGUAACAAAUACACAAGGAAAUAUUUGAAACAAUCUCUAAAAAUAUUUUAAAAUACUUUGAGUUAUAUAAUUUUAACAAUUAAUUGUAUAUUAACUCUGGCAACGGUGUUAAGAUGGUGGAUAUCUUUGAUGUUUUGAACUUGUUCACAAAUCACCAAGAUUAACACAUAUUAGCCUUAUUUUUAAAGAAAUAUAACUCAACCCAACAUUUGGCUCAAAAUUAACUAUUUUAUUCACAUGCUAUAUAAAGUCUUUUGAAUAAUCCUUAUUUAUUUGUUUGUAUAAAUAUGAACAGUUAGUUUUCUUUUCCCAGUUGCUAUGUCAUAUAAAAUAUCUUACAAUACAGAAAGACAUAUUUAAAUACAACAUUAAAUAUAUUUUUUUAAAUCUAAGAUAUUUCAAUUAAUCCCAUCAAACAAUGUAUUAAUUAUCUUUAUGUGUUACCUCGUCUGAGGAAAUACAAAUGUGUUAUAUUAUCAGAUAUAUAUUGGACUUUAUUUUGAUUCAAAAAAUUAAUUUAAUCCCAUAAAACUCAUGCGCUUGAGGUGUCUUUAAAAUGUGCCUUCAGUGUAAAAUUUUAAUUUGGUACUAUAUGUUCACACAAUUUUGGGCUGUUAUUUGCAGUUGUUGUGGUUUUACGUAUUAAUUGAUGUAGUAACUUAUUUGACAGCAACGUUAUGAUUUUUUUUUUAUAUUUGAAAUGAAAACUGAUUAUGUUAAGGAUGUUUUCAUCACAUUAUUAUGAAAGUUAGGUUUUGAAACAAGUUUUUGUCAUUUCCUAGCUGUCCUUUCUAGUUAAACAAGAUGAUUUUUGUUUAUUUCUUUUUACAUCAUCACUAUAAAUUAUUGUACAGUUAAGCUUAUUGGUCAAAAUUAAAUUAAAUUAUCAAUUAUCUCUGCUCAUUAUUAUUAAUGCCCAUAAACUAGUUUACUUCUUCAUAAAAUCUUUAUAAACCACAAAUUAGCAUACUCUUUGUAGACCAUUUACUGUCUAUUUCUUUCACUUUUAAUUUAUUGAUCUUAAAAAAUUAUUGAGCUCUACUUUACGUACAUUUCCAUUACUUAGCAGCAGUUGAUUGCCAUAGCUGUAAACACAUAUAUUGACUCAUAUGACUUAAAUAAUAUAAAUUUUUAGUUAUCUGGAUUUUUGUUUCCGGAGCAAGUUUUUGAUAACUCCAAUAUAAAUGUUGCUUCUUACAAAUGAAAAUAUUUUUAUAACAAUAAAACUGAAUGUGAUGAAAAUUAUUCUUUACAAAACAUAUCCUUUUAUUUUUUGUUGUUUGUUUGUUUUUCCUAGUGAGAAAUCUUAGAUAAGUUAUUGUUAAAACACGUAAUUUUUCUUUGUAUUGUUAUUUAUUUACUUUAUCGCUAUUUUAAUGUAUAAAGAACCUAUGUAAUUUCAGGUUUCACAAAGCCUUGUAAAUAUUAUGUUUAUAUAAUUAUUAAGUUGUUGAGUUUAAAAAAAGUUUUUAUGUAAAUUUGAACAAUUCACUAUUGUAUUAAGAAUAUUGUUACUGCUUGUACAUACUUGUUUUUCUAAUUAUGUACUUUAUUUCAUUUUGAUUACACGUUUGAUCACUCAGCCA